AUUUCUAACAAGCAAACAAAUAACAAAACUUAAACAACAAAAAAAAGGGAAGACAAUUAGCCAUGUCUUCUUCCUUAACAACCAAACAAUUUUUUCACAUAACACAUAAUUCUCAAGUGCAAAUUUGUCCUUCUAGGUCUAUUCCUCCUUCAACUUUGUUCAUCACCAACAAGAACAACAACAUUAACAAUAGGUUCUUUAACCUCAAUGAGUUUUCAAGUUACCAGACUUUGACUGUUGUGGUGAAAGCAGGUGGAGGCAUUUCACCUAAUGAUCAAGAUUAUGAAGAUGGGGUUUCUUUGGGAACAAUGAAAUUGCCAAAAGAUAUUGAUCUUGCAAGAUUUGAAACUCUACUUUUUCAGUGGGCUAACAGCCUUUGUCAAGGAGCUAUGCUGCCACUACCCAUGCCUCUAAAGGUUGAUAAAAUUCCUCGCGGAGCCAGAGUUUGUUUCAUUUCAGUUGAUGAUGCUCAAACUGAAGUUCUUGCAUAUAUAGACUGUAUGGUUUUCCCUGCAAAUGAGACCUCACCUCCAAUAUUUCGAGCCAUACGAAAUGGACCCUCGAGAGAUAAGGCGCCUCCUGGGGAGCCAAGAAUCAUGAGAAGCCUCUUAGGUGCCCUUCAGAAGUCUGUUGAGAUAGCUAGUGUUUGAAAGUUGGAACAAUUUUUGUAUAUUCACAAAAAGUUCUUUCUUUCAACACUCUUUUUAUGUAUAAAGAACAUUUCACUUCUUUAAACUCAAUGAAACUUCAUUACAACUG